CAUACUUUGUGCCCGCACCAGAUGUAUGCAAUUAGCGGGAUUGUCCCGCUGCGCCUUACUGGGCCGGCACAGCGACACGCACUGCCAGCCAGAUAAACCCACCUCCACUGAUAGCUCUGCUAAACACCCUGGCCAGGCCAGUAGCGCUUCUAGACACAUCUAGCACCAUGUAAGAAGCUCCCCUCACUGUAGUACACAAAUCCCCUCGCUAUCUCCCCUGUAGCAGCCUCGUGGGACCCUGGCUCGCCGUGCCCCCGCAGCGUGCCCUGGCACGGCACUAGCUGGCACAGAUCACCAAGCUUCCGCAACGACAACUCCGGUAUUUCUGAUCUCCUUCAACACCAUCGCUACGGCCCCCACGAUGUCGGACCAACCGCCUACGUCCACGCCGCCCACGCCGCCCAACGCAUCACCAUCAUUGCUGGUGCCCAGCACGCCAGCAACCAGGCGAAAGCGUGGUCUUUCGUUGAGAUCACAGCUCUUCAACAAGACCAUCUUGGGCCAGGUUUUGGACCCUUCACCAGCCGCUGCUAGCGAGCUGCCGUCAGAAGGCACGUCCUCGUCCCGAAGAAACACAGUGUCGUUCUCUCCCGAGCUCGAGACCCCCAUAGAAAUGCAUACCAUGGUUCCUCCCCAGAUCCAUGUGGAAGAACCUCCUGAAGGAGACGUGUCGCCCGCUGUCAAACAUUACGAUCCCUACAACGUGCUCAACUCCAACUUAAGCCAGUCUACCACCCACUUGUCGACGGUGUCGUCCGCCAAUGAGACGAUGUCUUUGGUGUCAAAACGAGAACGAGCAGCCAUGAAGAGGUACAACACUCACAAUAAGCUCCUCCGCGCAGUGUUGGAGCUCAAGAACAAGAUAUUGGGCCAAAAAGUGCUUCCCGCCACCGAAAGUGGCAGAGUGAUCCCGUUAAGUACCAAUCACCACGACGUGAAUCGGUAUUUUCUGGACGAAUACUACGAUCCAGGCAAAAAAGCGUUGAUUGACGAGCGUACAAGUGCUCCCUACGUGAGUAAUCUCAUUGUGUCGUCGAAGUACACCUACUACUCGUUUUUGCCAAAACAGUUGAAGGCCCAGUUCUCCAAAAUAGCCAACUGCUAUUUCAUGGUCAUCGCUAUCAUGCAGAUGAUUCCUGGCUGGUCUACCACUGGCCACUACACAACAAUUAUUCCAUUGUUGAUAUUCAUGUCCAUCUCCAUCGCUAGAGAAGGGUUCGAUGACCUCAAGAGACACGGUCAUGACAAAGAAGAAAAUAACAAGAAAACCCACGUCAUCAAGGAGGACGAAGAAUUCACAACAUAUGAUGUACAUUCAAUGGCCACGGUGGUAACCGAGACCAUGUCGUUCUCUGGCCAGAGCUAUUUGGGAUCGACUGAUAACGAAUCCAAAAGAAUCAAUCCCAACAUAUCGGCCAGUUCGUCCCUUUCCGAUAUCGAAGACAAUAACUUCACGAAUUCCGAUUUGAUGAAGAGGUAUAAUUUAAAGGAGUAUACCACCAAAUGGAGCGAUGUAAAGGUCGGAAAUAUCAUUAGAAUCAACGAAAAUGAAUGGGUUCCUGCCGAUGUGUUGCUAUUGACCACAAGUAAUCAAGAGACCCAGGAGGCUUUUGUGGAAACUAUGGCACUAGACGGAGAAACUAACCUCAAGUCGAAAGUACCACCUAGCCAAAUAUCCAAAAGAAUGGCCUCUGUGCCCGGCUUGAAGUCAACAAAAGCAUUAUUCACCGUGGAAGAUCCAAACUUGGAUCUAUACAAUUUUGAGGGAUCGUUUGUUCUUGAUGGAGAAACAUUUGCAUUAGGACCUGAAAACAUUGUUUACAGAGGUAGUAUUCUCAGAAACACCAAAUCUGUAUUGGCUUUAGUUGUCUUUACCGGCGAGGAAACUAAGACCAGAAUGAAUAACCUCAAAAACCCGAGAACCAAAGCUCCAAAAUUACAAAAGAAUAUCAACUACAUUGUCAUAUUCAUGGUAUUUGUAGUGGCAUUCUUAUCAGCAUUUUCCACAAUGGCACAAAGAUUACAGUUCAAAAAUAAUAGAGACAAAGCAUGGUAUUUGUACGAUCAAGAUGCUGGUGUUGCUGCAACGUUCAUGGGUUUUAUUAUCAUGUACAACACUUUGAUCCCGCUUUCGCUUUAUGUCACCAUGGAAAUCAUCAAAGUCAUGCAAUUGUGCCUCUUACAAUUUGAUAUUGAUAUGUAUCAUGUGGAAAGUAACACCCCUGCAGAUGCCAAAACAGCCACAAUUUUAGAGGAAUUGGGCCAAGUUGGAUACAUCUUUAGUGACAAGACUGGAACCCUUACGGAUAACAAAAUGAUAUUCAGGAAGUUCAGUGUCUGUGGUGUUAGUUGGAUUCAUGAUUUAGAUAUCAUUUUGAAAGAGAGAGAAAAUCCAAAUAGUCAAGUAUUCACUCCAUUGAAUUUGAUGCACGCUUCGAUAUUUGGUUCGAGCUCUCCAAGAAACAGCUCCGAUAUAAGGGGAAGUUUCGAUGGUGCUAGAAUAAGCACUUCGUCAAUUGCUCGUGAGAGUCUCGAAAUUUCUAAGUUGAAAUCCCAAACUAGUUGGAAAUCUACUGCACAACCUAAGAAGGUUCAGGACUUAGCAAGCUCUCUACAAUUGCUUAAGCAUAUCCAAUCACAUCCUCAGACGCUUUUUGCUAAGAAGGCCAAAUUCUUUCUCAUGAGUAUUGCAUUGUGUAACACAUGUUUGCCCAGAAAAGAAACUGCCACGACUUCAGCAAACAAUUCCAGCGACUCUUCGUUUUCUUUGACCGACGCUCCAGAUAAGGAAGAUGAUGGAGCCAUUGACUAUCAAGCUGCUUCUCCUGAUGAACUUGCUUUAGUUCAGGCUGCGAGAGAUUUGGGUUUUGUGGUUUAUGAUAGACUUCACAAAAAGUUAACUAUUAAGACUUAUCCAGAAGGAUUUGAAGGCGAACCCCACAUUGACGAAUAUGAGAUUUUGGAGGUGGUGGAAUUUUCUUCUUCCAGAAAAAGAAUGUCGGUUGUGGUUAGAUUUCCUGACAAUAGAAUCUGUGUGAUUUGUAAAGGUGCCGAUAACAUUAUUCUUGAGAAAUUAAAGAAUCAUGAUUUGGCAAGAGCCAAAGCUAAGGAAAUUGCCCUAAAUUCGGCCGAUAGAAAGACAAUGGAAGCAGACAUUGUUUUACAGUCUCGUUUCUCACAUGACUUACAAUCAAAGAAAUCACUCAGCUCCUUACGCCAGAGUCUUGGUGGCCGUCCAAGUUUGGAUCGUAUUGGUUCCAUCGACAAUGCAUUACUGAACAGAGACGACGAUGAAAUUGCGUCCAUAGCUUCUAAAGCAAGGAAAUCGUUGCAUAUUCAGCAAGCGAAGAGAUAUAGUUUGGACUCGCCAGCCAGAGAGGGUUCUGCGGACAGAAACACGGAGAACCUUUUCGUUCCAAGUGACAAAUUAUUGGUUAACGAGGAAUUCGUGAUCGAGAAAACCUUAGAACAUAUUGAAGAGUUUUCUACAGAAGGUUUGAGAACAUUGUUGUACGCCUUCAAAUGGCUCGAUAAGACUGAGUAUGAAAACUGGUCAAGAGAGUAUGGAAAUGCAAAGACUUCCUUGGUCGACAGAUUGAACAAAGUUGAAGAAAUUGGUGGUCGCAUUGAAAACGGAUUCGAAUUGGUGGGAGCAACAGCUAUUGAAGAUAAGUUACAGGAGGGUGUCAGUGAAGCUAUCGAGAAGUUGAGGAGGGCUGGUAUUAAGAUGUGGAUGCUUACAGGUGAUAAACGAGAAACCGCGAUCAAUAUUGGAUACUCCUGUAGGUUGAUCAAAGACUAUUCCACAGUGGUGGUACUAUCUAACGAUGAAGGUACGGACGUGUUGAUGGACCGUAUUACUUCAGCCAGUCAGGAAAUUCAAUCAGGCAGAGUCGCCCACUCAGUGUUGGUAAUAGAUGGCUCUACGUUGACAGAUGUGGAAAAAGACCCGACCUUGUUGAGUUUAUUCUUGGAUUUGUGUGUCCAAGUCGACUCUACGAUAUGUUGUCGUGCUACUCCUUCACAAAAGGCAAGUAUGGUGAGUGCCGUGAGACGAUUGAACAAAAAAGCCGUUACUCUCGCUAUUGGAGAUGGUGCCAACGACAUCGCAAUGAUUCAAAGUGCAGAUAUAGGUGUUGGUAUUACAGGGAAGGAGGGUCUCCAGGCAGCAAGAUCUGCGGACUAUGCCAUCGCACAAUUCAGAUUUCUUCUCAAAUUACUCCUUGUGAAUGGGCGUUACAACUAUAUCAGGACCUCUAAGUUCGUCUUGUGCACAUUCUACAAGGAAUUAUUGUUUUAUUUGACACAAUGUGUCUACCAAAGAAAUACCUUGUUCUCGGGUUCGUCAAUGUACGAAAGUUGGUCCUUGUCAAUGUUCAAUACAUUAUUUACUUCUCUUCCAGUAUUAUGUGUGGGAAUGUUCGACAAGGAUUUGAAACCAGCAACGUUAUUGGCAGUUCCCGAGCUAUACAGUAAGGGUAGAUUGUACCAAGCAUUUAAUUUGAAGAUCUUUCUUUCAUGGAUGGCAUUGGCAACCUUUCAGAGUAUUGGGUUGUCUUUCUUAGCAUAUCAGAUCUGGGGAUAUACAGCUCUACCAGACAAUACUACCUUCCCCUUAGGAACUAUGCUCUUCACAGUCUUGACCAUUAUUAUUAAUGCAAAGUGUGAGUUCAUUGAAAUGCAGAAUAGACAAUGGUUUGCCUUUGCAGCUUUCAUUAUAUCUGUCGGUGGUUAUGCUCUUUGGAAUGCAUUAAUUAUGUCCUUGUACAGAGCAAAAGAUGCUACAAUUUUUUAUGUUGCUUAUGGCUUAGUUACCUGGGGGCAGGAUCAGAGUUGGUGGGCUUCUGUUUUGGUGUUGACAACAUUGGCUCUCUUGUUUGACAUCAUAAUUAAAGUUUUCAAGUUUAUAUUCAAACCCAACGAUGAUGAGAUUUUCCGGGUUUUUGAACAGGAUGUUGAAAUGAGAAAGUUCUUUGAACUUAGGGCAUAUUCUGAGCUUUAUCAAGGUUGGACUUUCCCUAAAGACCCUUCAACAUUUAGAACAGGAGUUGUUCGUUUGUUCAAUAAGAUUACCACACAUGUUGGCAUUUCGAAGAACAUCGAAUUGCCGAAAGUCAAGGAAAUCCAAGAGGUUAUGGAGCAGCAAAGUGCAAUCAACAGAAAGCGUGCCGGAACAAAUCCUACAGCUCACGAGCUUCCGCCUAGUGGUGAUGGAGAAGCAGUUUCAGGUGUCGAUUUCGACGAGUCUUUGGACGAUGACGGAUAUGAGACCUUGCCGAGUGGAAAGAGAGUUAAAAUUAAGAUGAGGAACAAGUCUUGGAAGUUAGCAGAUAUCUUAAAGAGGAAGAAUAGUUCGAAUGAUAUGGUUGAUGAGGAUAUCGAUGCAAUUAUCGACGAAAGGUUGACAAGUUUGCGGAAUGAAGAAGAGGGUAUCCGUCAUGAUACACACAAGUAAUCAUGCGGGACUACAUAUUGAUCAAGAUCGUCAAAAAGGCUGUUAGAAAUCAGUCACAUCUAACAAGAAUAAAUUUUGUUUACAGGCAAAAAGCAAGAUUAUAAGAGUCACGAAGUCUGAAAGUUCCUUUCCACAUACACAAGGAAGACUCGUGCAUUAGCAUAGCAUAUAUGUCCCAAAA